AUGCGCCCUUCCAGACUAUUUCCCUUCUCCUCUAGAAACAACUCGACCAAGGAUCAAUCUGUAGUUCGAACCACUUCUGAGCCGUCGGACUUGCGCGAGAGCGAACGGUCUCAUGGAUUCCUUCCCAAGUUUCGCCGAUUUCUAGUGGCUCUGAAGGGGACGCGUUCUUGUAUCAAGGAGCCACCCAUACCAGAUCAAAUACAUCCAGUCGACGAUCCAGUGCUUCCCGACCUCCCCAUCGCAGUGCAAGUCACGAAGGAGGUUGGACGAAGCGAGGAACUUCAUGUACAAGAGGACGACAGACAUAAGGUAUCUCACAACGAAGAUAACAGCAUCCCUAUCGACGAGGUUUCAGACGUAGCAAUACCACCCUUCCAACCUAAUGACCAGCUUUGCGAUAUUGCUUCAGAUGUUGCGGAGCCACCCAGAUCUGACAACGAUCAUAACGACAGCGACUCGACUUCUUCUGGAUCAUCAAAUCAUCACGACAGCUACGACAGCUAUUCCACGGAAUCCAGCCUAUCGACUUCUGAACUUUCGGCCACCUGGACUACCCACCAUUGCAAUGAACUCAUCGAAAAUCAAGACACUCCUGAAUGCGGCGACACAGAUGAAUUGGAGGCUUCCCUUUCUUCAUUACCUGACUUACGGGUGGAAACAGUCAUCGACUCCCCUGGCUCUAACGGAGGCCCUGACGUCCCCCUCCUGCCGCCCGGUCUCUUCUUUCCUACUUUCGCGUCACUCCAGGCGGAUAAUGCCCUUUGGGAGGGGAGACUCAGACCCCCAACUCCGUUCGAUCCUAACGCACCCAGUCCGAAGGAUCCCAUCAUCCCAAGGGAACUAACUCUCCAUGGCUCCCCUUACGGCAACCCAGGCACAACCCUUGAGCCGCGUCCUGUCAUUCCUUCGAUUUACGUUCCCCAUAAUGUUUCUCCGUCUCUCGCAGUUACCUCGGCUGACUCUGAUCCCAUUAUUUGGAAUCAACCCCCUUUGCACCCCUUGCAGGGCUCCCCCUACACUCGCCAUGGAGGACGCGUACAUUUUGAGCAACAAUCUGGCAUCUCGGCAUCAUAUCGAGGCUACAACGUUGCUCCUUCGCCAGUGAUUGUUUCCCUCGACCCUAACGCGCCUAGUCCCAACGACCCCAUCAUACCCAGGCCAUUACCUAUCCAGGAUUCUCCCUGCUGUGACAACGCACGAUGGGACCAACACCCUGUAAUACCGACGCCGUAUAGACACAACCUCGCGCCCCCCUCCCCAGUCACUCCUACGGGUCAAAAAGGCUUUGGGGCGUACCCACCUCCCAUUACCCCCACAGGUCGAUCUCAGUACAUAACACCUCAGACUACUCCUGCCCUUGACCAUCAAGCACUAACUCCUAUUCAACAAUCGACAUUGCAGACGCCAGCCAGUCAACUCUGGGUUAAUCUCCCUACCCCGCCUGAGGCUCCGUCAUGUCAGACUCGUGCAGCUGCUCAAAGGGAUGCAGGCCCACUCGUCGCACCCGCCUUGGUAGAGCCAUCCGACAUAUUCCUCCACAGAGAUAUUUACUACUCGCUCUUCUAUGAAAUCGGACGUGGCUCAUUCGGUCGUGUCGUUUACACCAAGGUAACUGGAAAAGCGCGGGGCGUGGUGGCCAUCAAAGUGCUCAAUAAAAUAGAAUUGACGCUCCAGCGUUGUACCGGCAGCGGCAACAGUGGCCUUCAUCCCGAGGACAUCAAGAAGGAAUUUGAAAUCAUGCGUUUAGCCUCAGAGUCCGAUUCUAAGUUUUUGGCGCCUCUGCUCGCCUCCUUUCAAGACACAAAGAACAUCUACUUCGUAUUGCCGCUUUACCCUUCUAAUCUGGAAGAUCGGUUACGCAAACUCGAACAAUUGCGCUUGCCGAUGCGGAUGGAGGAGAUAAUAUUGGACGCGGCGCAAAUCCUACUUGGCCUUGAGGCACUUCACGAGCGCAACAUCUAUCACUGCGAUCUCAAGCCCGAGAAUAUCCUAAUUGCGUCCUCCGGAAAUCUCGUCAUCGCCGAUUUUGGUCUGGCCGUCCACCAGCAGAGAUCUCAACUAUGCAAGGGACCCUUCGGCACCCCUCACUAUUCAGCCCGGGAAGUCUGGUCAAGUUUCCAGCCGGCUUAUGCAGACAUUUGGAGCUACGGCGCAAUACUUUUGCAAAUGAUGCUCGGUACUCCCGAGGCAAAUUCGCAGCCUUUCUUCAGUUCUGAUCCUGACGCCCGGCCAAGAUUCGUUGUUUUCCGUCGACUCAUUGCAAACAGUGCUGCUGCUGCGCUCCUGUCCUCCAUCCUGAACUCUGGCCCAAGGCAUCGGCCUGAGCUCUCCCAAAUCAAAGGUGAUGCGUUCUUUGCCGGACUUAAUUGGAAGAAAGUUGCUGACCGGGAAUAUAUUCAACCAGCAAUGCCCUCGGCGGCUCGCAACGGUUUCGAGCCUUACGUUGACCUCAGCCAGGCCCAGAUUGCUCAAAUCGACUACCAGUUGAAGGAAAUUGAUGAGUUAAUGAUAGACAGCCAGUUGCCAGUCGAGAAGAUACGGCAAUGCAUGAAGGAAUAA